UUCCAUCUCCUCUUCUGCUCGAUCCUUCUUCUUCCUUAUCUCAACACUCAUCGCAGCGUUAAGUGGAGAUCGACGAUGCAAACAGAUACUGGGGUAGAGAAUAACGUGGCGCCUUUCCGAGAUACUGGGAUGCCUUCUCCUUCGUCUCCUCUCGGCUUCAUUACCAAAGGGACCCCCACCAACACGGCAGCAGCAGCCAGAAUAUCAGCGCUAUUGAAGGAUCUACUCCUCACCCUCCCUAUUCGGUCCUUUCUUUGCGAGAGCGUUUCCAUGAUCUACUUCCCUUCUGAAAAGGUUGAAAAAUGACUACUCUCUGUUGCGGUGAGCAUGUGAAAUCGUGGGUUAAGUCUCGAGGAAUGAGUUCCUUUCUUCAAGUGGUUCUAUUCUCUCCUCAGGUAAAGCCAUGUAGAUGUGUAAUCCAUUAGGGAAUUUGGUUGAAGGUCCUGUAGAUAAUUAUGUAUGUUAGAAUCUAGCUUAUUUAAUAUCAUAUAAAUUGCAAUUGCUCAAGGGAAUAAUUUGUCAUUCUGGAACUAGUUGUCGAAUUAAUUUAUGAGUCUUGUUCUGUUUAAGCACGCUGCUCGGUUACAUCCAAACAUAAAGCUAUUCGGGGGAGUGAGAGAAGAUAGUAGCGGCAGAAUAUGAUGGUUCGUUUCCUCUUAAACACGUACACUUUGCUGAUCUAGAUUCUUACUGUCUCUCUCUCUCUCUGUCACUUUUUGCGAUUCCCUAUUGUGUGGGUUAUUCGAAUCCUGAUUCUCCUUCCUUUUACUGGGGUCAUAGGUUUGGCUAUAAUUCACAACUCACUUCCUUUACACAAAUUGACCACCCAUUUAACCAAAACAAGGAAAAGGUUAAUAUGAUUCCUUCCUUGGAAAGAAUUCAUUUGUUUUCAGAGAUCUGCCUCACGUACGAUCUGAGAGUUAUUGGGGUAGCUAGCCUGCUUGAAAUGAUUGGUUAAUUAUUGUGUUAACUGUAGAAGGUGGUGCUAAAAUUGGAUUUGAAUGACGACAAGGAAAAACAGAAGGCACUCAUAACGGUGUCAACUUUAUCAGGUACGCUGUCCUAAUCUCUUACUAAACUUGAACCAACCCAUCUCCAUAUAUUUCAUUGAAAUUCUAAGUUAUAUAGUUUGUUAAUUACAUACUUGGUUCGUAAUUAAUUAUUUGGGUUGGAAUUUUCUCGUAGAUGGGAUUGGUUGGUAAAGUAAAGUGAUACUUCUCUGAUUCCCCCCAAUAACUUUCUGUUUGGAUUUUAUCAUGAAUCCAAUAAAAUCCUACAACUGUCCCCUAUCACUCACAAACCCAUCUAGUCAAUUAAUUAGAUUUUUAUGGGUCUUGUACUCUUGUUAUGUUUAAGCACACUGUUGUUGGUGACUUGGGAGGAGUUUAUUGCUUGGUAGGCUGUUGAGAGAGAAAUUCAUUGCACGAAAACAACUUGACAUACUCAGGUUAAGGUUCUGUGUUUAAUUUCACUUCACCUGUGUUCUACAAUCCCCCUCUUGGUACUUCUUUCUUAUCAAGAAGAAGAUGGGACAAGACAACUUGAUGGGGUCCCUAUUAAUUCGCAGUAAAUGGUUGAAUUUCUAGUAUCCAUCUCUUUCUUCCUUAUUCUUGGUAUCAUUUUGAUUAAUUGUUUGUUAUGUAUAACUCGACAUCUCUUAUAUGAAAAUUGGAUUCUCAAACAGGGGUGUCAUUCUUCCUUUUGUCUUUGUAUAAGCUAGUCUAAAAUGAAAGCAGACAAGAUAUUUCCUUCUUCGUUGCUGUUACCGACCUUCUUGGCAAGUUCAGUUCAUGAUCAAUCUUUAGCCAAUUGUCCUUAGUAUUCAAAAUUGGAUUCCUAUAUUGAUUUCACCUGAGUGAUGGUUAAAACUUAUGAUGAUUUGGAUUCCCUGUUGGCUUGCUGUUUUAGUUUUCUUUUCUUCCUUUGGUUUUUUUUAAAAUAACAAAUGGCUUCCCAUCUUGGUUGUAGGAAAAAUGGAGCUACCGGCAGACAGCAAAACAGGAGGAACCCGACUUGUUUUUUUGUGUUACGGUGAACUAGGAGUUAGAAUGCUUGAAAUGGUUAUAAUAUUUUGGAUUUUCGGUUAGUACUAUGUUGGGAUGUUUAUCUAUUGUAGGUUUCAUAUUGAAUUAUGUCAUUCUUGUAUCAGUUCAGUUAUAAUGUCAAAGUCAAUUUGUCACUUUAUAGUACAUUACCUAACAAAUAUUGCUCUUGUCA